AUUUUCACUUGUCAUCUAUUUUUCAGAGAUAUUAAACCUGAUAACCUACUUCUGGAUAAAAAUGGUCACAUGAAGCUCUCUGAUUUUGGUCUCUGUAAGCCUCUCGAUUGUAUUGCCUUGUCUACACUGCAUGAAAAUCAGACCAUGGAUGAUGAGACAUUGGCAGAGCCAAUGGAUGUUGAUGGAUGUUUGCGUGAUGCCGGACAAUCGGAGCAGCUGAGAAGUCCUCGUCAGCAUUGGCAGAUGAACAGGAGGAAGUUGGCAUUUUCAACAGUGGGGACACCGGAUUACAUUGCUCCUGAAGUACUUCUGAAAAAAGGCUAUGGGAUGGAAUGUGAUUGGUGGUCACUGGGAGCAAUAAUGUAUGAAAUGCUGGUUGGUUACCCACCAUUUUACUCCGAUGACCCAAUAACCACUUGCAGAAAGGUACCAUUCUUAAUUGGUUUAAAGACUUCACAUUAUAAAUUAAUAUAUUAUUGCAUCUCAUAUGUAGUUUAGUCUGACGGGGACUUGAUACUUUGCACCAUUUCCUAUUGUUACCCCUUCUAUUCUUUCUUAAACUCAUUCUACCUCUUUACUAUGUCCUCUAAUGAAAUCCUGGAAAACCAAAGGGAGACAAGCAGUUUAAGCUGAUGUAUGAAUUGACACUGUCUCCUGUUGUUAGUACAAGUAUUCUUUGAGACUCAAAUAUUUUAUCCCCUCUCUCUAUUCCCCUGAUAAAACACGACAAUUAAUAAAAACCGGGAUAGGUGACAAAAAAUGCCUGAUGUUAGUUGGUUCAUUGGUCGGACACUGUUUCAAUCAUUUCAGUUCACCACUUGUGGCAACCCUCAUUGCACAAUUAUUUAAUUUAAG